GUGUUGUGUCGUCCGAUGGAAGAUGUUCAAACGAUAUACUACAUCGAUAAAGAAUUGGGCAGGGGACAAUUCGGGGUCACGUACUUGUGUACACAUAAGCCCACGGGCGAGCAAUUCGCGUGCAAGACGAUAGCCAAGAGGAAUCUCGUGAAAAAGGAAGAUAUCGAGGAUGUUAGGAGGGAAGUGCAGAUCAUGGACCAUUUGACGGGGCAGGCGAACAUCGUCGAACUCAAAGGUGCUUACGAGGAUAAACAUUCGGUCCAUUUGGUGAUGGAACUGUGUGCUGGUGGAGAACUGUUCGAUAGGAUCAUCGCCAGGGGUCAUUACACCGAGCGCGCGGCAGCUUCGUUGCUGAGAACCAUCGUUCAAAUCGUCCAUACAUGUCAUUCGAUGGGGGUUUUCCAUAGGGAUCUCAAGCCAGAGAAUUUCUUACUUUUGAACCAAGAGGAAAAUUCCCCACUCAAAGCCACGGAUUUCGGUCUGUCGGUCUUUUACAAACCAGGUGAUAUAUUUAGGGAUGUCGUUGGUAGCGCGUAUUAUAUUGCACCGGAAGUAUUGGAUAGGAAAUAUGGACCAGAAGCUGAUAUUUGGAGCAUUGGAGUUAUGUUGUACAUUCUUCUAUCUGGUGUUCCACCCUUUUGGGGAGAAAACGAAAACGCAAUAUUUAGUGCGAUUUUAUGCGGCGACGUUGAUUUUACGAUUGAUCCAUGGCCGUAUAUUUCACAUCAAGCCAAGGAUCUUGUUCUGAAAAUGCUUAACUUGGAUCCCAAGCAACGGUUGACAGCCCAACAAGUACCAAAUCAUCCGUGGAUCAAAGAGGACGGUGAGGCACCCGAUACGCCACUCGACAACGCGGUUCUAGGUAGGCUCAAACAGUUCAAAGCGAUGAACAACUUCAAGAAAGUCGCUUUGCGGGUCAUUGCGGGCUGUUUAUCGGAGGAAGAAAUCCAGGGAUUGAAGGAGAUGUUCAAGGGCAUGGAUACCGAUAACAGCGGGACCAUAACGCUCGAAGAAUUGAAACAAGGACUCGCGAAACAAGGAACAAAGCUAAGCGAAUUCGAAGCUAAACAACUAAUAGAGGCAGCCGACGCUGACGGCAACGGAACCAUAGACUACGAGGAGUUCAUCACGGCCACCAUGCACAUGAACCGAAUGGAUCGAGAAGAACAUCUAUACCGAGCCUUCCAACACUUCGAUAAAGACAAUAGCAGGUACAUCACCAUAAAAGAGCUAGAGCAAGGUCUUCGUGACUACGGCAGGCAUGACGACAAAGCCAUCAAGGAAAUUAUUUUGGAAGUGGACUCUGACAAUGAUGGAACGAUAAACUAUGAUGAAUUCGUGACAAUGAUGAAAAAAGGAAAUCUUGAAACGAACACGAAAAAACGACGUGAUGAUGUCAUCAUCAAAAAAAGUUAA